AUGUGCAAAUCCAACACACAGUACAAUGAUACGGAAAAGCAGCCAGAAGGGUUUGACACACGUUCCACAAUGUGGGACUUCAUGCGAGAAGCCAAAUCCCUGUGGGAGGUGGCAUUUCCGACAGCGCUCACUGCUCUCAUUUUCUACGCGCGUUCCAUGGUGUCUAUGUUGUUCCUCGGACACCUAGGAGACACCGAACUGGCGGCGGGUUCGCUGGCCAUAGCGUUCGCCAACAUCACGGGUUAUUCGGUUCUCUCGGGACUCUCCCUAGGGAUGGAACCCCUAUGUUCCCAAGCCUUCGGAGCAAAACGUCCCAAGCUUCUCUCUCUCACGCUCCAACGCUGCGUCUUGUUUUUAAUCUCGUGCUCAAUCCCCAUUUCCCUCUUGUGGCUCAACAUGUCCAAAAUCUUCCUCCUACUUCGCCAAGACAUGAACAUCACCAAAAUGGCGCAAAACUACCUCGUAUUCCUCCUCCCCGACCUCGUCACCAACUCCUUCCUCCACCCAAUCAGAGUCUACCUUCGCGCGCAGAACGUCACCCACCCGGUCACGUUAGCGUCCCUCGCCGGCACGCUCCUCCACGUCGGGUUCAACUUCGUUCUCGUGAAACGCGGCGUGGCCGGAGUCGCCGCCGCCUCCGCCGCCUCCAGCUUAUCGAUUCUGGCACUGUUGCUGCUCUAUGUGUGGAUAAGUGGGGUCCACCGCGCCACGUGGACUGCGCCGAGCCGGGAGUGCUUCACCGGCUGGGAGCCGCUGCUUCGGCUGGCUGCGCCGAGUUGCGUGUCUGUUUGUUUGGAGUGGUGGUGGUAUGAGAUCAUGAUUUUGUUGUGUGGACUCCUUGUGGACCCCACUGCCAGCGUGGCGGCUAUGGGGAUUUUAAUCCAAACGACGUCGUUGAUUUACGUUUUUCCUUCGUCACUGGGGCUCGCUGUGUCCACGCGCGUGGGGAACGAGCUUGGCGCGAACCGGGCUCCACGCGCCAGGAUAUCGGCGAUCGUCGCGGUGUUUUUCGCCGCCGUGAUGGGGUUCUCGGCGGUUUUUUUCGCCUCCGCGAUGCGGCGGCAGUGGGGAAGGAUGUUCACUUUGGACGAGGGGAUUCUGCGGCUGACGGCGGCUGCGCUGCCGAUUUUGGGGCUCUGCGAGCUCGGAAACUGCCCGCAGACGGUUGGGUGCGGUGUGGUGCGGGGGACGGCGCGGCCGAACGUGGCGGCGAACGUGAACCUCGGGGCGUUUUAUCUGGUGGGGAUGCCCGUGGCCGUCGGGCUUGCGUUCUGGCUGGAGGUUGGGUUCUGUGGGCUGUGGCUGGGCCUGUUGUCGGCCCAGGUUUGUUGCGCGGGCCUAAUGUUGUAUACGAUUGGGACCACCGAUUGGGAGUACCAAGCCUGUCGGGCCCAGUUGCUGACGGCCCUUGAUGAGUCCACGAAGGGAUCCGACGGGCAGAAAGAACCGUUGAUUUCCGUGGUGGACAGUUGA